AUGGCCAACGCAGAAAUCAUCGACCUGAUCCAUCGCUUAUACACUAAGUGUCGUGAGCAGGAACGAACGAUAGCAUCUGCCCCAUUCGAGAGCAGCCCACGGGAAUACGUCAAUCAGCUCUCUCCGCCGCCAGGUGUGAUGCAUUGCAAUCGCAAGACUGUGACCCUCUUCGAAGACGAGUCGUUCGUCAGCCAACUUUUGUUGCCCCUGCAAACACUGACGUGGAAAGUCGACUUGUAUACCUAUGUCACUGGCGCCCUGCCGAAUGAUCCAGACUUCGAGGGAAACGGGGGUUCGGUGAUGAUUGUCAUGGUCCAUUCUGGUCUCAUGUCAUUCACUAUCGCCCCCGGUGGUGGUUCUCUUCAUCGCAUAAACGCCCCCACUUCUGUGGAACCGCAAGUACAACUACCUCCGUCAGGUAGUGGUAUUCAGAACGGGGAGUAUUGGAAUUAUACAAUUGCGUACCAGGAGUUGAUGCAUCUAUACAACAACGGGGGUAAUAGCACGAUCGAGUUCAAUGCUUUAUACAAGGAAGAUUUCUCGCGAUUGCGUCAUAAGCAAAGUGGGAUUGUAACGUCCAACGGCGUUGAAUUCGGCUCUUCCUUUACCGAGCCGUCCAGUAUUCCUCGGUACAACCUCUCUGGUGUUUCUGUAUUCCGAACCACAAAUCCAAGCGCAUUUCCGCUGACAUUCUCCUUCGAUGCGUACGCUUUCUUAGAUCUAUCGUGGUUGAAACUUGAGUGCUUGAAGACGAAGCAGAUUACGGUAGAUUUGGCUAUAUAG